CAAAACACAUCUGGACCGCAUGGUCCAAACUGUUGCGGGCGGUUUGAGGGUUGGCGUUGGAGAUGUCUCACAACAUAGCCCGUCAGGAAAGAAGUGGAUUGCUCUCUCGGCAUGAUGAUGCUCAAGUGCCUAGCCCCCUCGAUGACCCAAAGUUUGGCCUCGCCCUGAAUAAGCUUGAGUAGACAGCAGGGCGGCAUUGAUUUCUUCCUAAAAUCUCUAGCGUUUCUCUCAUUCCAGAUAACCCAACACACAAGUAUUGUGAUGAAAGCUAUGACCUUCCAGUUUGCAGUAUUGGGUUUCGACUUGUUAAUCCACCGACUCUAUUUUUGACAUUGCCCUCCGUCAUCAUCAGUUUAUCUCUAGAGCCCCUAAACCCAACCAUUCGUUGACCAUUCGCCAAAUGUGCAACGUGAACCAACAUUUAAAGAAGAGAUGGGAGGAUGCAAUCAUAAUGUCAAAAAUCCUUCCAUCUCUUCCCAUCCUCUCAUCUCUUCUUGGGAGGGGGUAUAUGAUUAGCAUGGAGUGUUUGAUGCCAUAUGAAAAACAACAAAAUCCUAAAAACAGAUUUGAUUGAAUGAUAGACUUCCAAUGAAAUGUAAUACAUAUGGCUUCAUCCUGUAGGAUGAAUCAAACAAUCAACUUAGGGAAAAUUUCUAAUUAUUCUAGUCUACAAAAAUCCUAUAGACUUCCUCUAAACCAAAGGAGCCCUGAACGGGUAGCAAAGGUAGUAGCAGGCGACUGUUUAAAUUGACCUUGGUCGGUUGGUACUAAUGAUGCAGGCCAUUGUUGUACCGCCCAAUGAUAAAGCCUUUUUCUUCAUAGUCAAUCAGCUUUACAGUAGGAGUAAAUCAAGAAAAUAAAUAUAUGCAACGGAAUCCAGUGUACUACGCAUCGAGAGGCUACAGCGAGUGUGAGUACUAGCGGUUCUCAAAAGCUACACGUCUCAUAAAAACUCACAGUCCUGACAAAGCAAAUGCCGCCCCACACGCACUGUUGCGCUCCUACCAAAGUCCUUCGGCGUUUAUCACUUUGAGGAUCUCGUGUCAGCUUUCGCGCGCUGACGCAUCCAAGAUUUCGCUGGGUUGAAAUACAGACGCGGUUUCUUCAGUGUAUGUAACCAAUGCCAUGGCUAUAGUAGUGAAAUACAGAUGGCAAUGGCAGUGAAGAUAAGCUAUAGUAGUGAUGCGUAUCUCAAAGAAUAUAUGUUUAGAUUAAAGAGGAAUCACGCCGACCCUGAAAUCUUAGUGCCACAAACACAAGGCACGUGAUCAAUCAGUCCACAGUCUCAAACAAAGCCACUGACCAAAUCCAACAAAAUCCGCAGCAGAGGGUGACAAAAACACCACAGCUUUCACCCUGGGGAGCGCACGCCGUUGCUAAACUAUAACUCUAAACCCAGCAGCAGCAGCAGCAUCACCUUGUCCUAAAGCUAAUCAAAGAAUCUUUGCCUGCGAGACGCAGGCAGAAAAGAAUGAGAGGCGGUGAAAAUCUCAGACUCAGAAACGAGCAACAAGAAAGGGCUUUUGAUCCCGACAAGCGGGUGCAGAAAGCAAAACCUGAGAAUGAGAAAAGCGCCGCGCUUUUCUUUCUUUGUUUGUUUAUUUGCCGUAGCGGGCAACAGGGUAAUUUUCUUGUCUAUAUAAUUCUCGCCCUCCUCCUCCCUGCGGCUGCCACACAGGCAGGCAGCCGAGCCGAGCGAGCAAUAAUUCGCACCGGCACACAGGAGCGGCAGUAAUGGCCGCGUGGUGCCGGUGCCAGUAGCAGGCAGGCAGGCAGGGGAGUAGCGCCACUGCACUGGGCACUGCUGACGCUUCGAGCCCACGCUCUUCCCUCCACCCUUGCCCCUCCCUCCCGAAACUCCCUCCCUCCCUUGGCCUCCUCAGGCCUCCCAAUCUCGCAGAGCGGCGGCCGUCAUUGGCCGGCGGCGGUGCGCGGCCCCGGUUGUUUCCUCCGGCGUCAGGUGCCCGUGAUCUGGUUGUUGCAGAGGCGGCGAGGUGAGGUGACGCGGCGGCGCGAUGAGGUGGCUCAAGUCGUUGGUUGGGCUGAGGAAGGUGGAGAGGCAGCAGCAGCGCCGCAAGGAGGAUGGCGACGCCGGCCCAACAAAAACAGAUGCCGUCGAUCAGUUCCACUUCCAGGAUCAGCACUCCCAGGAUCACGCUAGCCUUGUCGGACCAGAAGAGUUCCCUGAUGAAAAUGGUCCGUCAGAAGAUGAGUGCGAUACACCUUCAUGCUCAGGACCUGGUUUCAGUAUGCUUAGUGUGCCACUGCCUCAAACAGAAGAGGAGCUCAAAGAGAUCUGGGCUGCCACAAUUAUUCAGACUGCAUAUAGAGCCCUACUGGCUAGGAGAGCCCGCCGAGCUUUAAAAGGACUGGUUAGGCUUCAAGCCCUUGUAAGGGGUCAUAUAGUGAGAAAGCAAGCUGCUAUAACACUUCGGUGUAUGCAAGCUUUGGUCAGGGUACAAGCCCGUGUUAGAGCAAGGCGGGUUCGUGUGGCCUUGGAAAAUCAGAUGGAUGAGCAACAAAAUAAUGUAGAAGAGCAAACGGACGAGGCACAUGUUCGAGAAGUUGAGGAUGGGUGGUGCGAUAGUAUAGGGUCUGUGGAAGACAUCCAAGCAAAAUUGUUGAAGAGGCAGGAAGCAGCAGCCAAGCGUGAGAGAGCCAUGGCCUAUGCCCUUUCUCACCAGUGGCAAGCAGGUUCAAGGCAACAGGCAGCCAUUACAGCUUCUGAACUAGACAGGAACAGCUGGAGCUGGAAUUGGCUGGAGAGAUGGAUGGCCGUCCGCCCGUGGGAGAGUCGGUUCCUUGGCAUGUACGCAGCAGAUGGAAUUGCCAUUGAUACCGGAGCGCACAAUGCUGAGGGAAAUGCAACCAAGGCUCCAUACAGGAAACCUGUGAAAAAGCAGGUUUCAGCUCUUCAUUCAAGUGUGUUGAUCCAGAAGGCCCGCCCCUCGAACUCGGAGGGUGGUGGCUCCUUGUCGAACCCGUCUGCCGGUUCGGCGUCAGCUAAACCGAAACGGAAGCUGCCACCAAAGGAAGGUUCUGAUGAAGUCUCGUCUCGUCUUUCGGGACUUGGUGCCCGGAGCAGUAGUAAUCCUAAGGAGAGGCCUGGGCAGUUACAACCUCGGGCCAACAAGAGGUUCUCCUUGCCUGGCACUGAUGCAGGCACAGAAGUUGGCAAACGGCAAGUGAAUAAACCUGCGGUGAACCGAUCCCCCAAGGCUACCGAAGACUCCCCAGCGCUGGAAGGGAAGCAUCGCCGUGCCGGUUCCGUUGGUCUGCUGCUCAAGAGAGUUGAGCUGCAGGCUUGACAAGCCAUCUGAAGCCCCAUCUACCGUCGUCAAGGUUCGAAGUCAGCAUGCUGCGCUCUGAUACAUGGGCGGCCUUAGAUUCUGGAAGGUCCAUUGGAGCAAUGUGCAUUUAUUUCUUAGCCAUAUUAUAGGUAUGCAGUCAAAAUGCUCAUCUCAGGAGAUGAGAUCUAGCUAGUGCUUGGAUAUGUAUGUGCUGGUCAGCUGGUGCCUCUAGUCCUGGAGGUUACCAUAGCUUGUACUGUUGUAUUUGUAGCUAAGAGCAAGUAUGGGCUCACAUUUUCUGGAACUAUUUUUUGUACAAUAAAAAACAAUUCUGAAACUUUAUGUUUUUAUCAAGGGUAACCCCGUGCUUUUCA